AAACUGGUAACAAAACUUUCUAUUUUUCAGGGAUUGUCUGUAAAUACGAGCACAAAGUGAGUCAUGGGAAAUCGCAACAAGGAGAAUCGUGUUUAUUCGGAAAGAAACAAAGGAUGUGCAGAUGAGAACGGCAAAUUGAAGUCACUAUCUAAUGACCAAGCCAGUCUGAGUACCGCCAUCAUGUCCAUCCUUGGUGUAAUGUUUGCAAUAUUCUGUGUUGCAUUCCGAUCCACUCUUCUUCAUCAUGGUCAAUCAUUGUGGUUUGCAUCCGGGAACUUCAUAGCCAGGCAGUGGGGAGUCUUCUAUGACUAUUUUGAUGGAAAUCUGGCUAAAAUGGGAAUAGCUCUCCAUUGUUUGUUUGUUUUGGAGUAUUGGUUGCUAGGGGGAUUGUUUCUCAUCAUAGAUCUGACUGGAAAACCAAAGUUCAUCCGCAAAUACAAAGUACAGUUAGAUGAAACAGAGAUUCCAGGGGAUAAAUUACGACGUACACUGUGGACUGUUUUCCUGAACCAUACAAUCUACAGUGCUCCUAUCCUUGUCUGUCAUUACUAUGCUGGUGUCUGGAGGGGGUGUGUCUGGUCUGUGGAUGAUCUACCUACCUUACCGACUCUCAUCAUUCAGUUAGUCAUCUUUGCUAUAGUAGAAGAAUUCGGAUUCUACUAUAGCCACAGGAUGCUCCACCUGCCAUUCUUCUACAAACCAAUCCACAAGCAGCAUCACGAAUGGACCGCACCCAUUGGAUUCGUCACAUCCUACGCUCAUCCCUUUGAGAACUUCAUCUCCAACAUGCUCCCAGCUAUCACUAGUUCCCUUCUCAUUGGUUCUCAUCUUCUUACCUAUUAUUUCUGGAUCCUUCAAGGACAAUACAUCUCAAUAGUCCACCACUCUGGAUACCACCUACCUCUUCUCCCGUCUCCUGAGUUCCAUGACUACCACCAUCUCAAAUUCACCAAUAACUAUGGUGUACUAGGCCUCCUGGACUGGUUUCACGGAACAGAUGUUAACUACAAGAAAUCAAAACAAUUCCUGAGACACAAGACCCUUUAUGGAACGACACCAAUCAGCCAACUCAUUCCUGACGAUAAAAAUUGAAACAAGAAACGGAAAUGUCCAAGAGUUUAAUGAGCAGUCUGUUUUAGUAUAAAGUGUAAAUACAAAUAUUCUUUUAAUGGCUAGUUUUUACAAAUUAUGUGGCCCCUAUGUAGAUAAUCUUGUUUUUAAUGAAAGCUUGUUAGAGGUCAACCAUUGUAUAAAAUUAUCUUUAUGGAAUUUCGCCUAUAAUAAACUUCAUUAUUGAUGAUGUCACCCACUCACUAAUUUGUUUUCGUAUUUUGUUAUGAAAUACAGAAUAUUUCAUUGUACGCAUUUGACAUUAAGGAAGCAUCUGUAUAUGAAUCACAAUAGGUUGCAAAAUAGCACAUUUUCAGCGAAAAAUCAAACAUUGUUUUAAAUACAUAACAUGUAUUUUGCUAUUUGAUCAGUGAGAAUCGAUUUAAAUUUAUUUAAGAUAUACUUUGUGACAUAUACAGUAUAUGUCAAUAUUGAAAAUUAAUUUGUUUGUAGUACUAUGAGUUAUUUUUACCUUGUUAAUAAUGAUUUUGUUUGAAAUGUAAACUUUUGCAAUUCGGAUUUUGCCGCAAAGAAGUAUUUUCAAUAAACCAGUUUGAAUUGAAAAAAUGGGUAAAAUAAAGGUAUUUUGUAUUUCAUGUCUUAAAAUACAAAAUAAACAAUAAAUUGGUGAUGAUAUAAAUUUCCCCAAUUGCAUACUGACCAGGAUGUGCCCAUCACUGUUUUGUGAGAACACAAGAGAAACUUUAAAACGUCAUAAUGUAUAUUAUUUUUGCUUAUACAUCCGAUUUUUAUCAAAUUUUCAGCGUUUUAUUGUAUUGUACUGUAUUUAUUUUCCGACAAUUAAAUAUAAUAACAAUGAUAGAUAUAUCUAGAAUUACAAAGAAAUCAUUAUUUAAAAGACGGAGGGAUUGCCCUACUCAGCGUUGAUAACAUAUCAACGGUGUUUUACAUAGGGGUCCCUUACAUAGAUAUACAUUUAUGUAAACAUAAUACAGGAAAGGAAAAACUUAAUUGGCUUACGAUGAAGACGUUGACAAAAUGUGAAAAAGUAAGAAGAAACAUAUUUGCAGUACACAAUAUAAGAAAGUAAGAAUGAGGGAUCUGAACUAAAGUUUACAAGAAGUCUGGAAAAUGUUUUUAAGGCCUUUUUUGAAUGCGUCGAUAUUUUCCAACA